CGGAGCUGGACUGAACGACUGGAUACUAGAAAACUACUAAUAUCCGACAGCUGGCCAGAAUCGAAAAAGUGUGGAGUCGUGUCAUUGGCUGGCUGAAGAUGGAUGUGCGGCAUGUUUGCUGCGUGUUAGUCACCAGCUGUCUGCUCCUCUCAUCAUCAGCUCAUAAUGACUUCUUCACCUCCAUCGGUCAGAUGACUGAUCUGUUGUUCACAGAGAAGGAUCUGGUGGCCUCAUUGAAAGACUACAUUAAAGCAGAGGAGAGUAAACUGGAGCAGGUCAAGCAAUGGGCAGAGAAACUUGAUGCCCUAACUGCCAUUGCAACACAAGAUCCUGAGGGUUUCUUGGGCCACCCAGUGAAUGCAUUCAAACUGAUGAAGAGACUCAAUACAGAAUGGGGUGACGUGGAGGACCUGGUCCUCAAAGACAUGUCUGAUGGGUUCAUCUCAAAUUUGACCAUUCAGCGGCAGCAUUUCCCCAACGAUGAGGACCAGACAGGUGCGGCUAAAGCCCUGCUCAGAUUACAGGACACCUAUCAGCUGGACACAAACGCAAUCUCUACAGGAGAUCUGCCCGGUACUGACUCAGGUUUGCCAUAUAAGAGUACUCUGACCGUGGAGGACUGUUUUGAGCUGGGGAAAAUUGCCUACUCUGAGACAGACUAUUACCACACCGAACUGUGGAUGGCCCAGGCUCUUAAGCAACUGGAUGAGGGCGAGGAUUCAAGCGUUGAUGUAGUGACUGUCCUGGACUAUCUCAGCUACUCUGUCUACCAGCAAGGAGAACUAGAGAGGGCUUUGGAGUAUACAAAGAGACUGCUUGCACUGGAUCCUGAACACCAGCGAGCCAACGGUAACCUCAGAUACUUUGAGUACCAGCUAUCAAAGCAAAGGAAGGCAGAGAAGGAGCAGAGUGGGACGGAGGAGGACUUAAAGGAGAGAAGAGACAAGAGAGCCGUCGCCAGGAAGAAAGACUACCUCCCCGAGAGGGACAGGUAUGAGAAGCUCUGUCGGGGAGAAGGAGUCAAGCUGACUCCACGCAGACAGAGUCGUCUGUUCUGUCGUUACUUUGACAACAGCAGGCAUCCGCGUUAUCUGCUAGGACCAGUGAAGCAAGAGGACGAAUGGGACCGUCCGCGCAUCGUCCGUUACCACGAUAUCAUUUCUGAGAAAGAAAUGGAGAAGAUCAAAGAGUUAGCCAAACCUAGGCUGCACCGAGCCACCAUCUCCAACCCCAUUACUGGUGUGCUGGAGACGGCCGAAUACCGCGUCAGCAAGAGUGCAUGGCUGGCAGCGUACGAGCAUCCCGUGGUGGACCGUGUAAAUCAGCGCAUAGAGGACAUCACUGGGCUGGACGUCACUACUGCAGAGGAGUUACAGGUAGCCAACUAUGGUGUGGGAGGCCAGUACGAGCCACACUUCGACUUUGGCCGGAAAGAUGAACCGGAUGCCUUUAAAGAGCUGGGCACAGGGAAUCGCAUCGCCACAUGGCUGUUCUACAUGAGCGAUGUAGCAGCAGGGGGCGCCACAGUCUUUCCAGAAGUAGGAGCUGCAGUAAGACCAAUGAAGGGUUCAGCCGUAUUCUGGUAUAACCUGUUUCCCAGCGGAGAAGGAGACUACAGUACGAGACAUGCAGCCUGCCCAGUACUAGUUGGAAACAAGUGGGUUUCAAAUAAGUGGAUCCAUGAACGUGGCCAAGAAUUCAGACGACCUUGCAACCUUGAGGAAACAGAUUGAUCAAAGAAGCACAACUCGCCUUCUUUCUCCUAUUCGCCCCCUCUUUUUUCAUGCUCUUCUUCACUUUCUGAGACUGCCGAACAUCCCCCUUCUCCUGAACUGGGUGGGCGAAGAGUUUUCAGGUGUUUGCUAAGACCGCAGAGCUGUUGUCACACAG